GCCGCCCGCUUCAGCCGCAACAUUAGACCGCCAGUAAAGAUGGCCGCCUUCGGAAGAACUGGCUCGGCGUCUUCCACUUCUAAUAUAAAUAAUAACAGCGCCUUGGAAGUGACAGAAGGUGGUGGUGAUGAUGAGGGACAGAACUUAUGGUCUUCUAUCUUGAGUGAGGUCACCACGCACUCGCGCUCCAAGCUGCCUUCCGGGAAGAACGUCUUAAUUCUGGGGGAAGAUGGUGCUGGCAAAACCACUUUGAUGGCAAGAUUGCAAGGCAUUGAUGAAUACAUGAAAGGAAGAGGACUGGAGUAUAUGUACUUUACUGUACAUGAUGAGGACAGAGAUGAUCAUACUCGUUGUAACGCUUGGAUAUUGGACGGUGAUCUCUACCACAAAGGACUCCAGAAAUUUGCAAUACCAUGCAGCACCUUACCAGACACUUUAGUAAUGUUGGUUGUUGACAUGUCAAGACCAUGGACUGCUUUAGAUUCUUUACAGAAAUGGGCCAACGUAAUCGGAGAAUAUAUCGAUAAACUCAAAAUUGCUCCGGAGGAAAUGAAGGAGAUGGAGAUGAAAUUAAUGAAACAGUUUCAGGAAUAUGUUGAACCAGGUGAAGAUAUAACUGCUUCUCCUCAACGAAGGAAUACCUCAGUGGCGGAAGAUGAAGAUGACAGCGUUGUGUUGCCUCUUGGAGAAAAUGCACUUAAGCACAAUCUUGGAGUUCCCAUUCUAGUAGUUUGCACAAAGUGUGAUGCCAUUAACAGUCUGGAAAAGGAGCAUGAUUACAGAGAUGAACAUUUUGACUUUAUUCAGUCAUACAUCCGGCACUUUUGUCUACAAUAUGGGGCAGCUCUUAUCUAUACUUCAAUAAAGGAAAAUAAAAAUAUAGAUUUAUUAUAUAAAUAUCUUGUCCAUAAAUUGUAUGGAUUUCCUUUCAACAUUCCUGCCCAGGUUGUGGAGAAGGAUUCUGUGUUCAUACCUGCAGGAUGGGACAAUGAAAAGAAGAUCGGAAUCUUGCACGAGAACUUUCAGACCCUGAAAAUUGAAGAUAGUUUUGAAGAUGUAAUAAUUCAACCCCCUGUUCGAAAGUUUGUACAUGAAAAAGAAAUUGUAUCAGAAGAUGAUCAAGUGUUCCUUAUAAAAUUGCAGACAUUACUAUCUAAACAGCCUGCAGCUUCUACAGGAAGACCAGUGGAACCUUCAAACAGAGGUCCUACUGGUUCACCCAGAACACCAAGUCGGUCUGGAUCUACAAAUGUUGCCAAUGUAACACCCAUUUCAACAGGAACUAAGAAGAUUGACCCUAACAUGAAAGCUGGGACUACAAGUGAAGGGGUCCUUGCCAAUUUCUUCAAUAGUUUGCUCAGUAAAAAAACUGGCACUCCUGCUGUUGGGGGCAGCAAUCAGAGUGGGAGUGGCACUGGAGGCAGUUUACCACCAGGGUCUGCAAAGAAAUCAGGUCAGAAGCUCGGCUUAACAGACGUACAGGCAGAGCUUGAUCGCAUAUCAAACAAGACGGAAGCUGAAGUGUUUUCCCCGACGUCUCCUACUUCUCCAGAUGACAGUGAAGUGUCCUGAAGUCCACCCUGACAAAUGUCCUCGCGUAACCAAGUCUGCCUCUGCCAGUUUCCGUCACUUAAUAUGGAGGAUUACAGACUUAAACCAGCAUAACCUUUUUAUGUUGAAAUGAAGGAUGGACGUUGCAACUUAGUUCAUGUGCUGUCCUAAAGGGACCUGUGUGUUGUUUAUGUUCGUAUUCCACCAAAUUCGAAAAAAGUCCCGUUAAACCUGGGCCCUAGUGUUUAAAAAAAAAAAAAAAAAAAAGCCACAGUGCCUAGUCUACAACUCUACUAAGAUUCUUUAGUAUGAUGUUGUGUGUGUGUGUGUGUGUGUUUUAUAUUUAUUUAAAAAGUACCCUCAAGAAUUGGUAAACCUGACUUGCACAUUUUCCCUAAAACUGUUCAACAGCUGAAACUUUGCAUGCUUUUAAUUUGAAUGCAAAGUGAUAUGACGUUCUGGUAUAUCUGUACAUUUAUGCAGUGUUUUGUUUUUUUAUAUAUUCUUUCAAAAGAACAGUUUCAGUGAAACUGUUGUGUUUUGGAAGCCGCUUCUUUUCCACUACGUGAAAUUGUCUAAUCAAAAGUAUGCAAGGACAAACCUAAAAAGAUCAUUUAUUAUUCUUGAUAGCCUUUUGCAUUUGUGCAAUUUAAAGUUUAAAAAAGUGCACAGUUUGUCCAUAUUGUCAGUGCCGUGUCACUCUGAAGGCCACAGUUUGCCUUGUUUUGACAGUGUACAGUUUGUGAUCUUCCAAGUUGUCCUCUUUAGUUCAAAUAUCGUAGUGCUGUUCCUAUUGCAGUCUGUAAUCCUAAUAAAAUGGUAUUUAUUCUCCUGCA